CCAUCCCUAGUUCCAGUUUCAACAACACGCAAGAAAGAAUUUUUUGUGCCGGAAAAAAAAAUUGAAUAGAAUUUUCAUUGUCUAAGACAAAAGGAAUUUGUGAGGCGGUCACAAAAUCAUCAAAUCGGCAAUCGCGUACAAAAUUUCAUAUAUUUCAAUACAUACCGCUCACCCAUACAUAGGAUAGGAUCAUGGCGUCGCAUCAAUAUCACCAAAUUGCAAAUUUGCUGGAAAAAAUGACGUCUACGGACAAAGAUUUUCGAUUCAUGGCAACAAACGAUCUAAUGACUGAAUUGCAAAAAGACAGUAUUAUACUGGAUGACGAGUCGGAGAAGAAGGUGGUACGCAUGGUGCUUAAACUGCUUGAGGACAAGAACGGUGAAGUGCAGAAUUUGGCUGUCAAGUGUCUGGGCCCGCUGGUCAAUAAGGUCAAAGAGAAUCAAGUGGAGACAAUUGUGGACUCGCUAUGUGGCAACAUGAUGUCGAAUGUGGAGCAAUUGCGCGAUAUCUCCAGCAUUGGCCUCAAGACCGUAAUUGCCGAGCUGCCACAAUCCUCGAAUUCGCUUGCACCGAACGUCUGUCAGCGCAUUACUGGUAAAUUGAGUAUUGCCAUUGAAAAGGAAGAUGUUUCCGUUAAAUUGGAGUCGCUGGACAUAUUGUCGGAUUUGCUGUCACGUUUCGGCGAAUUCUUGGUGCCAUUUCAUAGCACCAUAUUGAAGGCACUUAUGCCGCAGCUGGCGUCGCCUCGUCAGGCUGUACGGAAACGCACGAUUGUUGCAUUAUCCGUGCUGCUGAUCCAAGCGAAUAGCAAUGCCUAUAAUGGGGUCGUUGAUCACCUGCUCGAAGGACUCGAAAAUCCACAGAAUCCUGGCGCAAUUCGCACCUACAUUCAAUGCCUGGCUUCCAUUUGUCGUCAGGCUGGACAUCGUCUCUGUAACCAUAUCGAUCGCUCCAUGUUGCUGCUGAAGCAAUAUAGCCAGCGGGAUGAUGAUGAGCUACGUGAAUUCUGUCUGCAGGCUUGUGAGGCAUUUGUUUUGCGUUGCCCGGACGCUAUAAAUCCACACAUUCCCAUGAUACUCGAGCUAUGCCUCAAAUAUGUGACAUACGAUCCCAACUACAACUACGAGGCCGAUGACGGCGACACAGGAAUUGCUAUGGACACCGAGGAGGAUGAGUAUGUGGACAGCGAGGAAUAUAGCGAUGAUGAUGAUAUGAGCUGGAAAGUCAGGCGUGCUGCUGCCAAAUGUCUGGAGGUUCUAAUUGCCACACGUCAAGAGUUAAUUGAGGAAUUCUAUCGCACGCUGAGUCCAGCAUUGAUUGCUCGUUUCAAGGAGCGUGAGGAGAAUGUUAAAUCUGAUAUAUUUCAUGCAUAUGUUGCACUGCUGAGGAACACACGUCCAGCUGAUGAUAUGGCUCAUGAUCCCGACUCCAUGGAUCAAGUAUCGGGACCGACUCUAUUGCUAAUUGAGCAACUGCCGCAAAUAAUUAAAUCUAUACAACCAUUGAUGCGUGAGAAGUCGAUGAAAACACGCCAGGAUUGUUUCCUCUUGCUGCGCGAGCUGUUGAAUUCUCUACCAGGCGCACUGGGACCACAUCUGGAGAGCAUUGUGCCCGGCAUAAGCUAUUCGUUGAACGAUAAGAGCUCGACAAGUAAUAUGAAGAUUGAAUCACUGGGCUUCCUUUGCUCAUUGCUGCAGGGCCAUCAACCGCAAGUUUUCCAUCCUCAUAUUCCGUUGCUGGUGCCGCUGGUUGUGACAUCGGUGUUUGAUCCAUUCUAUAAGAUUGCCACAGAGGCACUUUUGGUGCUGCAGCAGCUCGUGAAAGUUGUGCGUCCAUUGGGCGUAAUUGCUGUCAAAUCCGAUUUCGAUGUAACGCCAUUUGUUGGCCAAGUUUAUUCGUGCACCUUGCAAAAACUGAAGGUGACUGAUGUCGAUCAGGAGGUUAAGGAACGCGCCAUUGCCUGUAUGGGCCAAAUUAUUGCUAAUAUGGGUGAUCUGCUCAAGAACGAAUUGGCCGUUUGUCUGCCCAUCUUCAUGGAACGCUUGAAAAACGAAGUAACUCGCCUCAGCAGCGUCAAGGCACUCACUAUGAUUGCAGCAUCCCCAUUGCGUAUUGAUCUGUCGCCCAUUCUCCAUGAGGUGCUGCCCACUUUGGGCACAUUCUUGCGCAAAAAUCAUCGGGCAUUGAAGCUGCACUCUCUGGACCUCAUCAACAAGAUUGUGAUCAACUAUUCCUCGAACUUUGAACCCAAUGUGUUACAGUCAGCUAUUGUGGAAAUUCCUGGACUCAUUUCCGAUUCCGAUUUACAUGUAGCCCAAUACUCAUUAACUCUAUUAAGUACAACAGCUCGACGACAGCCUCAGGCAUUGGUUGGCAUACACGAGAAAUUUUUGCCAUCUGUUUUAUUAUUGGUUCGCUCGCCGUUGUUGCAGGGCAGCGCAUUGCAAUGCACUUUGGAGCUAUUCCAGGCUUUGGUGCAGGCGCAGCUACCAGGAUUGGACUAUCAUUCUCUGGUGUCCAAGCUAAUGGAGCCAGUUUUAACUGGCAACGAUCCUGCGGGCAAGAAUCCAAGCGAGCAAGUGCAGCUGCAUAAGCAGGCAUAUCAUUCGUCGGCCAAGUGCAUUGCGGCUUUAACCCAACAAUGCCCACAGGUGGCGACUCCCCUGGCCACUCAACUAAUGGCCGAGCUACAGAAGCGCGACAACAAGGAUACGCAGAUAAUCUUCUGCCUGCUGACAAUUGGCGAAAUAGGCAGGCACUUUGACCUUAGCUCUAUUCAGGUGCUACCCCAGACAAUUAUUGAAUGCUUUGGCGCCACCUCGGAGGAUGUUAAGGCAGCUGCUUCACAUGCUCUUGGUGCCGUAUCUGUGGGAAGUCUGCAGACCUAUUUGCCGCUCAUUCUAAAGGAAAUCGAAGCACAGCCGAAGCGUCAGUAUCUGUUGCUGCACUCAUUGAAGGAGGUCAUAUCAUCUCUGUCGGUCACACCAAAUGGUCUGGCCCAAUUGUUGCCAUCAGUGCCAUCGAUAUGGACGCAACUCUUCAAGCACUGCGAGUGCUCGGAGGAAGGAUCACGCAACGUAGUUGCCGAAUGUCUGGGAAAACUAGUACUCGUCAAUCCCGAGGAAUUGUUACCACAAUUACAGCAAGCGCUGCGCUCGGAGAGCGCUACCAUGCGCACCGUUGUUGUGUCCUCGGUGAAGUUUACAAUCUCUGAUCAACCGCAACCAAUUGAUUUGCUGCUCAAGCAAAGCAUUGGAGAGUUUCUAUUCGCACUGCGCGAUCCAGAGCCACAAGUACGUCGUGUCGCUCUCGUUGCAUUUAAUUCGGCUGUACACAAUAAGCCAAGUUUGGUACGUGACUUGCUGCCAACGCUUUUGCCCUGGCUAUAUUCAGAGACAAAAGUGAAAAGCGAGCUUAUACGUGAGGUGGAAAUGGGACCAUUUAAGCACACGGUCGAUGAUGGUCUCGAUAUACGAAAAGCGGCUUUCGAAUGCAUGUAUACACUGCUUGAACAGGGACUGGAACGUGUGGACGUUAUGCAAUUCAUGGAUCAUGUGCAGGCUGGCCUAUGUGAUCAUUAUGACAUCAAAAUGCUGACUUACCUAAUGACAGCACGAUUGGCCGUACUAUGUCCCGAUAAAGUUUUGCUAAGAUUGGAUCAGUUUGUUCAACAAUUACGCGAUACAUGCACACACAAGGUAAAGGCCAAUUCGGUUAAACAGGAGUACGAGAAACAAGAUGAACUUAAGCGUUCCGCUCUGCGAGCCGUUUCUGCGCUCUCGCAAAUACCCAAAGCAAAUAAAAAUCAGCAGUUAGUAGACUUUUUAAAGUCCAUCAAGGAAACUCCGGAACUGUGUAAAAUUUAUGAAUAUGUCCAGAAGGAUUCCAUUACCGGCAAUUCAGACAUUAUUGCCAUGGACCAGACUUAAAUGUGUGUGUUUUAAAUCAGCGCUGUUCUAUGAAUUAUAAUUUUAUUGAUAAUAAUGUAAUAAGAAUGUGUGAACACAACAAAGAAAAAACAUAAAAAUAACAUGUAUCUACUUUCUGAUACAGCCAUUAGUUUUGUAACUAAUCAAAAACAAAA